UGUUUUGAGUGAAUAUAACUUUGUUUGAAGUUAUCUUAACUUGCUUAGAGCGACUAUUUGGAACUCAUCCUAAGAGCAAUCAGGGCUGGGUGUGAGCAUGCGCAGUAGAAGCCACCAACGUUCAGUCUCCUGCUCAGGACCAUGAGUGGUGCCGAUCGGACUGUGCUGACACAUUUGCUGGAGAUUUCAUCGCUUGUGGAACAAUAAGAAGUGCUUGUGGCAACUGCCUUGAGGGCUCUUCACAGCUGCUUUGUCAGUGGGCUUCAGUACACUGGAGAUAAAGCUGACAAACCACAGAUCAUUCCAAAGACCUUCAUCGCUAAGGGAACCAUUGUGGGCAACGGCCACGAAAACUGGGCUCUCCUGAGGCUGCUUCCAUUGAUGGACCAUGGGAAGCUAUAAACUAAGAAUCAUCAUAAAUGAAGGGGACAUACGGAAAGUGUCACUGGAUGGAAAACCAGAAACGGUUGAAGAGCUGAAGAUAAAAGUCAAAGAAAAAUGCAAGCUGCAGGAUGACUUCAAUCUUAUGUAUGAAGACCCUGACUUUGGUUAUUCCCUCUGCAACCUAGAUGACAUAGGAGACUUGCCAGCUACAAAAGCAACUGUGAAGGUCAUUUCAUUGGUGACACUGACACUGGUGCCUGCUUCCACCACCAGCAUUUCUGAUGCCUCAAAUGUCUCAGAUGAUACAGAGAUUCUGUCGACAUACAGCUCACCGUCAUCAACAAGACAAGAGCAAUGGCCAGAGUUUUUUGAGAUUCCAAACUUCUCAGUUGAUGUAGAAUUUAGACUGAGACAGGCUAAUCUUCAGUUUUUACGAGACCAAACUUACCUGAAUGUACCAAGAGACAUGAAGCAUGGUAUUUUGGAGAAGCUUGCUGAAGCGAUCUACAAAUUUGAUGCCUAUCCAAAUGAAGAACGUUGCCAUUCUGUGGCAUUGGCGCUCAUAAGCAAACAUCCCUGCCUGAGGGAACCAGGCUCGCCAGAUGGGUGUUCUGGCUGGAAGAAUAGCUUGACAUACAAAAUGGGGAACUAUCGCACUAAACUGAGAAAAGCUGGAUGUGCAGAAGUUGCUAUAAAUCGGGGGAAAAAAGGCGCCCCAGAAAUGGCAUCAAAAGGCCUCAAAAGACCAAAAAGGUUUGAGGUCAAUUACUUACCAGACCUCCCUGAGGGGCAGAAUGAAGAUAGACUAGAGGUUGAAAGAAAGCUCCUGGUUGAAGAAAUGAAAAAACGGAACCCCAGUGGAACUGUCAUUGCAUCUAAGAUGGACCAGACCUUCCCACUGCGGAGACGGGAGAUUGUGGAGGCUGAACCUCCAGUGAAAACCCUGAAGGAGCGCUGGGCAGCUCUUUUUACAGAGAGACAAGUGUUUUCUGAGUUCAACAGGAUAGCCACGACAAACCUGGAGAAUGACUUUUUUGGUGCUGUUGACCGCUACACACCACGCUUUGUCCCAAUCUUCAAGUCCAAGAAAGGAAGUGUUGGAGAGAAACUGGCUGAGAUUGUGCAGCAAAUUGAUUCAAGGAAACCAGAUGUGACAGCAGUGCAUGCCCUUGUUCUCCAAGGCAUCCCUGUUCUGCUUGGUGAUGACCCCAGUAACUUCUACAACACCUCCUUUGAUUCUGACAGUGAUGAGGCCUGGGCCCAGGUAUCUGUUGGGUUGCUGACUAUCAUCAGUGAAGAUGAGCCUCUCUCUCCAAAUCAUCUCCAUCUUGACCCAGUGUCUACUGCCAUCAUUCUUGAAGGAGGUAUUGUAAUGGACAAUCUCCAGAACCUACCUCAAGCACUUUGCCUCUUGUUUGGGUUGUCCUAUGCACUACACUUGGACUACCCUAAAGCCAUGAAGAACACAUUCAACUUCAUUCAACGAGUGAUGCUUGGCCUGGGAGAGAACAAACUCCCCUCCAAACUUCAAACUCUUAAAAAUCUCCUGUUGAGUUAGAAUGGUAAAAAUCAAGAGUGACAUUUGGCAUACAAUAUUAUUUGUUUAUAAAAGUGGGUCCAGUUGCUUUUUAUUGUUAGCUAAAUUAAGGCACUCCUUUCAUAUUGUUUUAUAUCAGCCACUGGGUUCAUCAGCAAGUUACAUUAAGAGGCUGCAGGUGGGUCAUUCAUA